AUGGAAGAUACGAUCUCAAACCCAAGCAUGGAACCACUCUUAUUCUCUGUUGAUCCAAUGUCUCUCCUUCUCUCUCAAAACUCCGAUAACAGUCUCUGCAGAUUCGAGAGAGGACCCAGAUAUGGCGAAUACGCGAGAUUACGUGAAUCAAAGCUUCGAAUGAAACGGGACUUCGAGAGGAUUCUUAAGGAAGAAGAAGAGAGGUUCUUCGGUGGAGAUAAACCGAGGAAGAAACCAGCGACGAGAUUCGGUCAAGAAGAAGAAGCAAUUAGGGUUUCGACGAGAUUUGGGUUUAAUCCGAAUCCGAAUCGACGGAAAUCAAUAUCGUCGUCGUCUUCUUUGGCCCAAUCUGUACCUGAUUUCUCAUCCAUGAUUCGGAAGGAAAAUCGCCGGCCGGUUAAUUCGAACUUGAUUCCUCGGAGAACAGAGCUUACUCCACCGCCGAGUAAGAGCAGAAACGCCCUUUUCGCCGGAUCUGCGUCUUCCACGAGAGGAAGCAUAUCGGCGAGUGCAGGAGAGAAGAAGAGCAAAGGGGUGAUGGGUAUGGCGCGUAAAAGCUACGCGACGGUCGAAGAUCUCAAAAAAAUCUCCAUGGCUGCUGCUUCCGCCAUUAUCGGCGGUGGAGGAGGAGGGAGAAAAUCAAUCGGCGGUGGUCGGAGUGUUCUCGGUUACAGACAAAUUUACUGA